CGUCCCCAAUCUCGUUCGAGUCUUAGAUCCUCGUAGUCACACUACCCACAUUCUUUUGCACCGACCGGCGCCCCCGUGGACAACGUACACUUCCAAACAGCUCAUUCUCGCAAUCAGAAUCUAGGAUGAAGUUUUCUACGACGUUUAUACCACUUUUAGCGGCGGGCUCCUCACUGGCCGCCGCGACGCGCUCAUCGCUCACGCGCGGUGCCGCUGCCUCUCGGCGCGACAUCAUCCAGUCGCGCCAGAUGCACAUCCAGCGCGACCUCCUCGACGUGUGUGCGAGCCUCGACGUUGACCUCGAAAUUCUCGGCAUCGUAUACGGACACCUCGACAUCUGUCUUUGCGUGUCGCUUAUCCCUGAUUUCAUCGAAGUCGACGUGGUAGCGCAGGCGGCAGUUGACGUCCUCGGUCUGGCCGUCGUUGAGGCUUCUAUUCAGGCACUCAUUGAAGGCGCGGACUCCCAUGCCCAAUGCCAGUACCCGCCGCACGCGGAGCCGGUCUGUGAGGUGGGAUGGGUCUGCGGGUUCAAAUGCGAAGACGGGUUCACACCGUACACGCCGCCCGGUAGCGAUCAUCCGACGGAGUGUGUGUGCGAUCUUCCCAGCACGGUUUGUAACGGCAUCUGCGGCUCCUUCCCGAAUGGUUGCGGCUCGCAGAGCGCGUCCCGUAGGAAGCGCGCGCCAACAUGCGCGAGCGGUUUGACAGCUUGCGGUGUUCCGGGCGGCAGCCGUGGGAAAGGCUACGAGUGUUUGGACACUACCAGUGAAUUGGAGUCGUGCGGUGGCUGUGUGGUUUCUUCUCCCUUCUCGACACCCGCCAAUGCACCCCUCGGCAGGGAUUGCUCAGCCAUUCCUCACGUCUCCUCCGUCUUAUGCGCGCAGAGCAAGUGCGUUGUCUCCGCCUGCGACACCGGAUACACCGCCGAUGCGAUUGGCGCAGCCGGUGUCUCGGUCCUCCGCCGUGAUGUCCUUGAUGCUGGAGCAAUUGCCGCCGCCGCCGCCGACGUCGCAAAUCUCGUGGAGGCUGACGCGCUUGCUGCAGCUGGCGUAUCGGUCCUUUGAUUGGGAGGAAGAUGGAUUCUGCUCAGAGACAAUAUCCAAAAGACUUUGUUCGUGGCGCCAAUGAAGUAUCCCUGCUGUUGUCAUUCUUUCAGCUCACCAUUCGUUCGUGUUCAUACCCCGUUCACUAGCUUAAU